UCAUAUUUAAAUGUUUUUGCUGAAUAAUAUAACUAUAAAUACACUUCUUUGGUCACUAUAAAAAUAUCUCCAUCAUUAAAGGUUUAACAUUCAUUUUCAUAAGUUAUACCUAGGAUAUACAUUUAUUAUGAAUACCAACCAUAGCAAUAUAAGGUUAUGUUAUGAAACCAUGCAACCAAGUUAGCAAUUCUAAAUUUUACAUUGUUUAUAGAUAUUUGCUGGAAUCAGUUAUACUGGUAUCUACCAAUAAGUCAUAUAUUAUUGCCUGUUUUUUAAAAAAAUAAGGUACAUUAUUGUAUUAAAGGAAACACGAGGUAUAAAAUAUUAAAAUGAUGGCUGGACUUGUGUUAUAGAGCUUUAGAAGUUGGUUAACAAAGUUUGUUUUAAUUUUUUAACAAGCCCUUUUGCAUUCUUGUGAAAAAUCGAAAUCGAAAAAUAAAUUCCAAUAAAUUAAAAAUUUCUAACUAUCAAGUAAUCUUAUCUUUUAAAACUUGACUUUUAUCUUGCCUGUUGCUGAAAUUAAAAAAAAUAAUAAGUGAAUAAAAAAAGUUAAUUAAAGGUCAAAUUUAGGGAAGCACUUUAUGGAAGAGUCCAUUUAGUCUCUAAAUUAUAUAUAUUUCAGUACAUAUAUAUAAUUCAGAGACUAAAUGAGCUGAAUUCAUUUUUAUCAUGCAGUUCUAAUAUAAUGAAUCUGUUAAAUGACAAAGUAACUAAAAAAAUUCCAUAUAAAAAAUACCAUCACACAGUAUUUUCUAAUCACAUCGUUGAUUACGUAUUUGAUCAACUAACCCAUGGCAUCAAUUUUAAUCAGAUAACGGAGAGUAUUAGUAAACUUUAUUUCUUGGAACAUCAGCAAAGUCAUGACACUAAUCUCGAGGGGUUUUAUAAAAAUGAGAUGUAUUCUUUUUCUGGCAGGGAUAAGAUUUUAAACACAUUCUUAGACAUUUUUUGAGACAGAAGGUUGUUAUACAUAAAAGGCGUGGAAGAUUGUGUACCAGCCAUUCGCAUUAGUGCAGAUCACACUUUUAAAAUUGCAAAGAAUAUUGGAGGAUAUAGAGAAGAAGAUGAUAACUGCAUAAAUGAGAAUCGAAAGGUCUUUAUUUUAAUGAAUGAAAAGUAUAGGGUAUGUGGAUGGAAAAAACUGUUGGUCAUGCUGAAAUUCAACCUAUCAUUUAAAAACAUAAGCAGAGAAUAAGUAAUAAUAAUACCAUUGUAUUUCAUUGUUGAUAACUGCUGUGAAUCUAAAGACCUUUACCAGUCAGUUUUCCCUGGCAUUGAAACAAAGUUAGAUGUUUGUCCUGCAAAAAAAAUGUAAACAAACAUUGUAAAAUUAAUGUCAGGAAGAAAGGCUUUCUGUACCAAUACUUAGGACUAAUAGUCAGACAGAAAGAUGAUAUUGGCUAAGUAAGAACAAAGCUAACAGAAGGAGCUGGUAAAAUCUUUGUACAACUUUAUUUCUGGUCACAACGAAUUUAUUACUAAUCUCCCAGAAUGAAAAAAAGAACAGUUUCAUACUGAAGUUAUAAAAUUGAAAAAUAUACAGUUAUAACAGUUGUGUGGAUAUACAGAUAUAUGGAUAUGUGGAUUUAAAGAUAUAUGGAUUUGUGGAUGUACAGAUGUAUGGAUGUGCAGAUAUGGAUAUGUGGAUAUACAGAUAUAUGGAUGUACAGAUACGGAUAUGUGGAUAUACAGACAUAUGGAUGUACAGAUAUGGAUAUGUGGAUAUACAGAAUGAAAUGGUUAACAAUUACUACUAGAAGAUUUUUGACGCAAGGCAUAUCAUGUAUCUCCUGUGACGAAAAAGGAUAUAUUCUUCUACGAGUGCAUGCUAAACCUGGGGCAAAGAAAAACAAAAUUGCAGACUUGUCUUCUGAUCGUAUUGGAAUACAAAUUGCAGCUCCUGCAAAAGAGGGUGAAGCGAAUAGUGAAUUACUCUCCUACUUACAGUCUGUACUGAAAAUCAAAAGAAGUGAAAUUUAUAUAAAGAGAGGUGGAAAAUCUCGAAUAAAAACAGUGAAGGUCACUUCAACUAAACACACGAUCGAAGACAUCCAAACAUUUCUUGCAGAGAGCGUAAGGCCUUAG